AUGGUGAAGGCAAAUUCAUCCUUUGAUCCAGACACAAAAUUGGCCCUGGAAGAUUGUAAAGAAUUGUUGGAUGAUGCAGUCCAGGAGCUUCAGGCAUCCUUUGCUUUGGUGGGUGAAAGUACCCUUCACACCAUGGAUCAACGAAUAGCUGAGCUACAGAACUGGCUCAGUGCAGUUGUCACUUACCAACAAACCUGCCAGGAUCAAUUCGGCGAUCGGAAUAGCCAGUACAAGACCUCCAUGAAAGAUGGUAUGAUUGAUGCAGGCCAACUCACCAGUAAUGCCUUAGCUAUCUACACAGGCAUGAACCGUAGGCUUUUGGUUACACAGGACAUUAGCACCAUUAAGUCUAAUGUUAUUGUGGCUUUGAAUGGUAGUGGAGAUUUCAAGACCAUCACCGAAGCUCUUGGCUCCAUCCCACCAAAGAAUGUAGCCCCAUUUAUCGUCUACGUUAAGGCUGGAAUCUAUAAAGACUACGUGUCUGUGGACAAGAAAAUGGUCAAUGUGUUUAUGUAUGGUGAUGGCCCUCUGAAGACUGUUGUCACAGGAAGCCACCGCAGUAAAACUGGCUACAAAACCAUGAGAUCUUGCACCUUCGAGGCUCUAGGAGAAGGAUUCACUGCCAGAUCCAUGGCAUUUGAAAACACUGCUGGUCCUGAAGGCACCACUGAUUUCAUCUUCGGGGACGCCUCUUGCGUAAUACAGAACUCUUUGAUUGUUGUGAAUAGACCACUGAAUAACCAAUUUAACGCUGUCACCGCACAAGGCAGGGCUAUCAGGCAUCAAACCACAGGAUUAGUCCUUCAGAACUGCAAAAUUGUAGCUGAGGACAAACUAUUCCGUGAUAGGACCACCAUCCUGUCAUACUUGGGCAGGCCCUGGAAGGAAUUCUCAAGGGCAGUCAUCAUGGAAUCAGAAAUUAUAGAUGCCAUUCACCCAGAUGGGUGGCUACCAUGGAAUGGAAAUUUGUACCUUGACGCCUUGGAGUUUAUUGAGUAUGGCAAUACCGGUGCGGGAGCCGCCACCGAUAAGAGGGUCAAAUGGAAGGGUUUCAUUGACUGA